UCAUAAUCGACUGUUGCCACACGUCAUCUCGAUUUUCCGAGUUCAACAAUUUCCGUGCAAAGUACAUCGAAUAUUCGAAAUAUUGUUGUCCUUUCCACUUUUGCUCUUUUUUUUUUUUUCUUCUUUCUUAAUACACUCAACGUCGGAUGUGAUAAGGGAGAAGAACGAAGGUCGAAUAAAGGGUCAUAUAUUUAUUGUAUCUCUUAAGUCUCUUGAGACUUAUGAGAACACCGAGAGGCCCGGUGUUAUAAUGGCUCUCGUUGACAAUUCCCAGAUUCAGAGCGCCGAACUGCUCAAGCCGCUCCCUCUUUAUCUUCACGCUUAUAUCGCGCCAUUUGCUAUAAUAUGGCCUAUAUUUGCCCGCUAUUUCCUCACUCCCGAACUAUACGCCAAGCACAUUGGCUCAUCUGAAUGGACUUUCGUCUGGUGUGGUACUAUCAUCACUCUGCAAAGCUUGGCCUGGCUUAGCACAAACUGGAGCGUCAAUAUCAGGGCUCUCUUCACUGCGAGGAAAGCCAGCAGGAUUCAAGAUGCAGAGCUGAUCAAGGUCAUCCCCGUCGCCAAUGCCGGCUCAGCCGACAUCUGCAAGCUUACUCGCGAUAAGGUUGGCGACAAGAUAAAUCUCUCCUUUCUAUUCCAGAAGCGCCGUUUUCUCUACGACCCUGCCCAGCAAUCUUUUAGUCCUUUGUCCUACGAGAUCGAUGCUGAACCCAAACCCAAGAUCGGCAAAUAUCAGAAGUCGACCGGUAUCUCUUCUCAAGCUGAACUUACUAGACUUGAGCAAUACUAUGGCUCUAAUACUUUUGACAUUCCCGUCCCCACCUUCACCGAGCUCUUCAGGGAGCAUGCUGUUGCUCCCUUCUUCGUCUUCCAGGUAUUCUGCGUUGGUCUUUGGAUGCUGGAUGAGUACUGGUAUUAUUCUCUGUUUACCCUUUUUAUGCUUGUCGCAUUCGAGAGCACUGUGGUCUGGCAACGACAACGUACCUUGACCGAAUUCCGAGGCAUGAGUAUCAAACCGUAUGAUAUAUGGGUGUACCGAUUAGGCAAGUGGAUUGAGCUCGAGAGCGACAAGCUGCUUCCAGGUGACCUUGUUUCCGUUGGCCGAACUAAAGAGGAUAGCGGUGUGGCGUGCGAUAUGCUUCUGGUCGAAGGUACGGCUAUCGUCAACGAAGCUAUGCUUUCGGGAGAGAGCACUCCCCUGCUGAAGGAUUCGAUACAGCUUAGACCUGCUGAUGCUUCAAUCGAUACCGAGGGGCUUGACAAGAAUGCAUUCCUUUGGGGUGGCACCAAGGUCUUGCAGGUCACGCAUGGUAAUCCCGAUGAGGAGAAGCCUAAGCUUGCUUCGGGUGUUCCACCGCCUCCUGAUAAUGGUGCUAUGGCAAUCGUCAUGAAGACUGGCUUCGAGACAUCACAGGGUAGUUUGGUCCGCACUAUGAUAUAUUCGACGGAGCGUGUUUCCGCCAACAAUGCGGAGGCGUUAUUUUUUAUUCUCUUUCUUCUCAUUUUCGCGUUGGCAGCUUCGUGGUAUGUCUGGGAUGAAGGCGUCAAGAAAGACCGCAAGAGGUCCAAGCUGCUUCUCGACUGUGUUUUGAUCGUCACCAGUGUUGUGCCUCCCGAGCUUCCCAUGGAACUCAGCUUGGCAGUCAAUACUAGUUUGGCAGCCUUGGCCAAGUUCGCCAUCUUCUGUACCGAACCUUUCCGUAUCCCCUUUGCCGGCCGUAUCGACAUAGCCUGCUUUGACAAGACCGGUACCCUGACUGGAGAGGACCUUGUCGUCGAAGGUAUCGCAGGACUUGGACUUGGCCAUACUGGCACCGAUACCCCUCGCGAGUCUGAUGGUGCCCACAGCCGUUUAACCCCUGUCAAAGAUACUGGAAUGGAAACAACACUCGUGCUUGCCAGCGCUCAUGCUCUUGUUAAGCUUGAAGAUGGCGAAAUUGUAGGUGAUCCUAUGGAAAAAGCCACGCUUACGGCUCUCGGCUGGGGUCUAGGGAAAAAUGAUACUCUCGCCGCGAAGCCUUCCGUUACGGCCGCGGGAGGUACAUCAGGUGUUGUUCAAAUUAAGCGCCGUUUUCAAUUCUCGUCCGCUUUAAAACGCCAGAGUUCCGUCGCUACCGUGAAUGCUGUCUAUCCUAAGACGGGCAAUAAGAUACGCGGUACAUUUGUGAGUGUGAAGGGCGCCCCGGAAACUAUAAUGAAGAUGCUUGUCUCCGUCCCCAAGGAUUACGAAGAGACCUAUAAGUACUUUACGCGGCGGGGUUCCCGGGUGCUUGCUCUCGCCUACAAACAGCUAACAUCCGAUCAAGAGCUCGGCUCCGGCAAAAUUAACGAUCUGAAGCGUGAACAAGUGGAGGCCGAUCUUACCUUUGCUGGUUUCUUGAUUCUGCAGUGUCCUCUGAAAGAUGAUGCAAAGCAAGCUGUACAAAUGUUAAAUGAGAGCAGCCAUCGUGUCGUCAUGAUCACCGGAGACAACCCGCUUACGGCUGUACACGUCGCGAGAGAGGUCGAAAUUGUGGAUCGCGAUGUACUCAUUCUGGAUGCCCCGGAACAAAACCAUGGAGGGCAUAAGCUGGUUUGGCGUAGCGUCGAUGAUAAGAUCAAUAUUGAAGUUGACGCGUCGAAACCGAUCGACCCUGAGAUCAUCAAGUCAAAUGACAUUUGCGUUACCGGAUAUGCGCUGGCCAAGUUCAAGGAUAAUAAAAAUACCUGGCGUUCACUGCUCCGUCACACCUGGGUGUAUGCUCGUGUGUCCCCGAAGCAAAAAGAAGAAAUCCUCUUGGGUUUGAAGGAUAUGGGCUACUUUACACUGAUGGCUGGCGACGGAACCAACGAUGUUGGGGCUCUAAAGCAGGCCCACAUCGGUGUUGCUCUUCUGAACGGUACGCAGGAAGACUUGACAAGGAUCGCAGAGCAUUCACGCAACACCAAGAUGAAGGAACUUUACCAGAAACAGAUCGACCUCAUGAAACGAUUCAACCAGCCUACGCCUCCUGUCCCACCCAUUAUUGCUCACUUGUACCCUCCUGGCCCUUCUAACCCUCACUACGAAAAGGCGAUGGAAAGGGAAGCACAGAAGCGAGGCAUCACCGUCGAAGAACUUGCGAAGCUUAAUGGCACGAACAUUGAGACUGUAACUAGUCCAGCGGCUCAGCAGCUCUUGAACCAUGACCCCAGAACGGCUAAACAACGAGAGGCGGCCAACAAGGCUGCCGGUUUCGCCGAUAAGAUGACAACCGCAAUGAUGGAGCAGGAGUUGGGCGGCGACGAUGAGCCACCAACUCUCAAGCUAGGUGAUGCCUCCGUUGCCGCGCCUUUUACUAGCAAGUUGCGAAAUGUUAUUGCUGUCCCCAACAUUAUUCGGCAAGGUCGUUGCACCCUGGUUGCCACGAUUCAAAUGUAUAAGAUUUUAGCCCUCAAUUGUCUCAUUAGCGCCUACAGUCUUAGUGUCCUUUAUCUCGAAGGUAUCAAGUUUGGCGAUGGGCAAAUUACUAUCAGCGGAAUGCUCAUGAGCGUCUGUUUCCUGUCGAUUUCCCGUGCAAAAUCCGUUGAAGGACUUUCUAAAGAGAGACCGCAGCCUAACAUAUUCAACUUCUAUAUCAUCGGCUCGAUCCUAGGUCAGUUUGCUGUCCACAUUGUGACGCUGAUUUAUAUCGCCCGAUUCUGCGAGAGGCUAGAACCACGAUCCGAAUUGGUUGAUCUGGAAGCCGAGUUCAAGCCAUCGCUGCUGAACAGCGCGGUAUACCUCUUGCAACUAAUCCAACAGAUCUCUACCUUUGCAGUUAAUUAUCAGGGGAGGCCGUUCAGGGAGUCGCUAUCUGAGAACCGUGGCAUGUAUUGGGGCAUCAUCUCGGUUACUGGGAUUGCUUUUGCUUGCUCGACUGAAUUAAUCCCGGAUCUCAAUGAGCAGAUGAAGCUUGUGAAAUUUACGGAGGAAUUCAAGACCACGAUGACCGCAACUAUGAUAAUUGACUACGCUGCUUGCUAUGUCAUUGAGGUGGUCCUCAAACGGAUCUUUAGCGACUUCCGCCCUCGUGACAUCGCGAUCCGCCGGCAAGAUCAGAACGAGCGCGAGAGGGUGAGAAAGGAGGCAGAGAAGGCAGUGAAGGAUGCCGAGGAGGAAAAGAAGCAGGCAGAGAAGAUAGCGGCAUUCGAGAGAAAGUUAGAGGAACGAAAGCAGAAGCUCCGAGAAGCGACUCAAGCUGCCCGCACUGCUAGGUAAUGGCUUUACGUCGUCCCCCUGCUUCUGGAAACAUGUCGUUUCUAUAUAAGGGAUGGGUGGGAUGUUUGAUGCAUAGGUACCUAGGUAGUUAUGGCAUAGUAGACAUAUAGUAAGGGGCCUUUUUUGCCAAUAGACAAACCUACCUCUUAUUCUCUUCAGUGGGUAUUACCGACAAAGUCGAAAGGGCGGUACCACAGUGGCAAGUAGGUUAGGUACCUAGGUACCUAAGUGUAUAAUACGGGACCGGACAAACCUCGGGAGGAAACGUACGUACCUGUUGUACAAAUUCGAUAUAUUUGUCUCUAAUACCCUUCCCCCCUUUUUCUUCUUCUUUUUCUUCUUGUUCUUUUUUCCCACUUGGCUUCUCUUUCUUUCGUCUUCAAAGGGCAAUUA